AUGUUUUCCGCCCGUGAUCCGGGCGCGAGCUUUUGGGGAGUGUUGAUUAACCCAGACAAGAGUCCAGCCCCGCUUCUCGAACAGCUCUGUUUAGAGAUCGCUCAAAUCAUUUCGUCCUUCGACGAUUACGCAACUGCUGAUCUCACGCCCGAGCGCAUGGCCACUUUCUAUCGCAAGGUCGGCGGAAAUUAUGAUGUGCUCUUUCUACAAACGAAAUCCUCUGCUCUGUCCUUCAUCUACCAGCGCCUGGGCUGCUUCCACAGCAUUCAGCCAACGACGGAUGCCUAUAAACCUCCCUCCGUCCCCGCGCUACAACCCAACGGCUUCGUGCGAUGGCAGACAAUACAAUUGCUCCUAGACCCGGACGAGCAUUGCCGAUACCUUCAGAGUGCGGUUGAACUCUGGGACAUCGCCAACCCGAAUGGAGGCACUUUUCCGAAGACGAUACCCCGCGAAGCCUUCCCUGAAUCCCCAGACCCGGAAAUGGUGGAGUGGCAUGAGACCGUCAGCCGACGGUUCGAGAUGGACUAUGUGAAGAAGAACAUUCUGCGCGCAUCGCCUCCUAAUUUCGGCACAUACCACUAUCAGUUCAGCAACCAGCACAAAGAUGAGGCCCCGUCACCCAAAGAGACAAAAGCGUUCCCCAGUCGUCGUCGGACAACUGCACAGCGUGCCCAUGUCACCCCGGAAGAGCCAGCACCGUCGAGCCGUCACCAAAGACGCCGCAGCGCUGGAAUUCCCACCUCCACGCGUCGGGUACAAUCCACAUACUUCAGUCCGCCUCCGCCUUCGCCUCAGGAGUUCGAGCCGUCACCUCGAGCGCCCUCACCGCCCAUGUGGGCGAAGUCAUCCCCCAAGGCCCGGGGACGUGAGCGCGGGGCUACCUUCUCGCGUCCGGUCAGCCCGACCACAUCACCGGGUCACAAUCCUUCAGAUGCCUCAUCCGAGGACUCGCUAGCUGCGGCACAAGAGGCGGCCAACCGCCACAACAGCCGACACCUGCACCCCACACACCCGCACAGCUCCCAUGCCCGUCGGCAUUCACAUGAGGCGUACGCGCGGAAACCGCAGCGUGAACUCUCUCCUGAAGCGCACCGACGAACCUAUACCCACCGCGACAUGCUCAACUCCCACUCAGGACGACCGUAUGACUCCGACGGAGGCCGCCGAACCCGGCCGGCUCGUGCAUACGCUGAGGAGCCCAUCAUGCAGCCCAGAACUCCGGCCCCUAUCUUCCACGAUCAUCCCUUCAACGACCCUCCCGUCAUGCCAGUCAACCAGGAACUGCCCCGGUACUCACAUCCGCACCCCCAUUCACACCCCCCACCCCCUCCGCGCUACGUGAACAUGAGCAUGAACAACCCCUACGUCGGCCGCCCCCACCCCGACGUCGACAUGUGUACUCCUGCCGAUGACGCCCGUCGAAGCUACCGACCCUCCAACCCGAGCCCAGGCUACCCAAGUCCGGGUGUCUCCGACCGUACAGCGCGUUAUUCUGGGAGAGAUGGAGGCGGAGCCUACCGCUCACCGCGAUGGGCCCAACCCGCUCCACCGCCCGCGAGAGGUGUCCCCGUGGGCAUGCCCGAUAUGGAAUAUCCAGUUAGAUCGAGACGAUCCAUGUACGAUCGGUAG